AUGAAGUGCAUCGCAGCAGUUGUCCUGGUGGCCCUUGCCGUCGCCGAAGCAUCCUACAUCCCGUACGCCCACCAGGGAUACGGCGUAUCCCCGGCAGUGACCUACGUCGGUCAUUACGGUGGACUGACUGUUGUUCAGUCCAACGACUACCACCACGGAUGGGCUGCGGCUCCAAUUGUCUCGGCCUACAACAACCACUGGAACGUCCCAGCUGCCGUGACCUACAACUCUGGCCACUACUACGAUAACUACCAUCAUGGACACUCCGCUGCCGUGAUCGCUGCCCCAGUUCAGCACUCGGCCACGUACGUCGCCGCCAACCGUGGAGCUGUCCACAAGGCACCACUCGCCGGACAUGCCGUCAACCAGAAGUCGCUGAACCUGGCCCCGGCUCCGGGAACUUGGUAAAAAUGUUGAUACAUU